AUGGCAAUCCCCUACUACUCGCACUUCCGGACGCUGCCCGCGCCAGAGGUGUCCAUCUUCCAGUUCCUCUUCCCCGACACGCCGUCCGACUCGCCAGUGCGCCAGUUCGACCCCGAGCUCCCGGCCUACAUUGACGGCUUUACGGGCUACACACUGUCGCGCCGCCAGCUGAAAGACAAUGCGCUCCGCCUCGCGACUGGCCUGCGGACCCUCGGCUUCCGCCGCGGCGACGUCGCCUGCCUGUGGGGCAUGAACUCGAUCCCUUGGGUCGAGGCGGCGUACGGACUGCUCGCGGCUGGCAUCCGGAUCACGCCGGCAAACUAUGCGUACGAGCCCUCGGAAAUCGCCCACCAGCUCAACAACUCUGGCGCGAACCUGAUCCUCCUCGACCCGUCCACGCUCGAGCGGUGGGAGAAGGCGCGCGCCCAGCUCGACCGCCCCAUUCCCGACGAGCAUGUGCUUCUGCUUGCCCAGCCCGGUGCGCUACCCGCCGGGACGCCGUACAAGUCGGUGUAUGACCACUUUGGCGUGUCCCCCAGUGCCCCCGAGACGUUCAACGGCGUGCAGGCUCACGAGACGGCGUGGCAGUGCUACUCUUCUGGAACGACCGGCCUGCCCAAGGGUGUCGAGACGACGCAGCACAACAUUGUCGCGCAGCUCCAGGGCCUUGCCGAGAUCUAUGAGCCGCUGGAAAGCGGCAAGGAUGUGAUUCUGGGAAUCCUCCCCAUGAGCCAUAUCUAUGGCCUGGCUAUCGUGCUCCUUCGCCCGCUCACCAUUGGCGUUCCCGUUGUCGUGCUGCCCAAGUACGAGGAGCACAGUGUGCUGAGCGCCGUCGGCAAGUACCGCGUCACCCACGCGCCCGUCGUCCCUCCCAUCGUCCUGAGCCUGGUCAACUCGCCCAACGUGCACAAGUACGACCUGUCAAGCCUCAAGACGUUCCUGGCCGGCGCGGCGCCCAUGAGCGCCGAGCUGUCGCAGGCGUUCGAGAAGCGCUUCCCGCACAUUGCUGUCAUCCAGGCCUACGGCAUGACCGAGACGUCGCCGGUGCAGACGGCCAUGUCGGCGGCGCGCUCCAAGCCAGGCUCGUGCGGCCAGCUCGUCGCCGGCUUCACUGCCCGCCUUGUUGGUGAGGACGGCAAGGACGUCGACCUCGGCGAGCCGGGCGAGCUGUGGGUCCAGGGCCCGUGUGUCAUGAAGGGAUACUGGAAGAACCCCGAGGCGACGCGCAAGACAUUUAGCGACGACGGCAAGUGGUUCAAGACGGGCGAUAUCAUGGUUGUCGAUGCCGAUGGGUUCUACACCGUUGUGGACCGGUCCAAGGAGCUGAUCAAGUACAAGGGUUUCCAGGUCGCGCCUGCCGAGCUUGAAGCGCUUCUUCUGCAACACCCCAAGGUGCACGACGCGGGAGUCAUCGGCGUGUGGGAGGAGUCCCAGGCCACCGAGCUGCCACGAGCGUACGUUGUGGCGGCGCCCGACUCGGGGGUCAGCCACGAGCACGCGCACCAGCACCACAGCUUCAUCGAGGAGAUCAAGGCGUGGGUCGCGUCCCGGGUCGCAAACCACAAGAAGCUGCGUGGUGGCAUUGCCGUCAUCGAGGUCAUUCCCAAGUCGCCCAGCGGCAAGAUCCUGCGCAAGGACCUGCGCGUGAGGGCCAAGACGGAGCUCGAGGGCGGUAUUGCCAAGCAGGCCAAACUUUAG